GAACGGCGCGCUUCGAUUGGCUUCUAGGCCUGCAGGUGCCGGAAACCAGCAAAGCUGUGGCCAAUGGCAAAAUCACAUUCGGUCUCCCAACACUUUCCGGCAAAACGUCUCCAACUCUGAGCGCUUCCACUCCCUCCAGACAACAACAUCACUCUCGUUGAACCGAUUCGAAUCCACAAACACAAACAAACGCCAUGCCUCGCCAGUCUAGGUCGUCCGCCCGCCCGGCUCCGUCCCGGCCCACCGUGCCCGCCCGCUCGGCGCCCGCCCCGACCCAGCAGCAGCAGACCCGGCCGGCAGCUACCUACGCCGCGCCUUCGUCGGCUCCCACCUCCUCCCAGAUGGCUCCCCACGCCCCGACGGCGCCCGUAUCCCAGGGCCCCGGCCUCCUCGGCCAGAUGGCCAGCACCGCCGCUGGCGUUGCCAUCGGCUCCUCGAUCGGCCACGUCGUCGGCAACGGCAUCAGCAGCCUCUGGGGCGGCUCCUCGAGCAGCGCGCCCGAGCCCGCGACGCAGGCCCAGGCGGCUCAGACCAACAGCACCUUUGGCAACAACUGCGCCGGCGUUACGGAGCAGUUCACAAAAUGCAUGGACGAGCACGGCGGCAACAUGUCGAUUUGCGGGUGGUAUCUGGAGCAGCUCAAAGCGUGCCAGGCUGCUGCCAAGCAGUACUAAAGCAUGGCGCAUGGACGAUAGGAGAUGGAAUGUAAUUUCACGGCAUAUCCGGGCGUGAAAACAGAGGGACGCUGUAUUCGGCCAUCAACCCAUUAUAUCACUGUACAAUAGAGCAGCGCAAGACAUAUUCCGCCCUUCAAAGAACCACGGAUUGAUGCUGCGACUGGACAAUCCCGCUCAACGCCGUAUUAAGAAUCACGCCUACUCUCCGUCAUCUGGCCUGGGCUCAUAAUUGA